AUUCCUCGUUGGUGCUUUCCCACCGAAAUUCACCCAGAAUUCCAAGUUCUCAUCCACCAAUGAAUCCUCUCGCUUUUCCUGUGCUUCACCUCGCCCCACUUCUUGAUAGUUUCCCACCCCUAAAAUCAGUGAAACAACUUUGCUCCAAGCUUAGUGCAGUAGUUGCGAUCACCGAUUCUACAGUCGCACUUAAAGAUUCUCUCGAGGCCUGGCUUUCAUGGGCUGAUAUAAUCGCGAUUGGUGUUGAGAAAGGUGCUUUUUCUUACCAUCCUCCUGAGAUACAUGAUGGCAAAUUAGUGGUUGAGCCACCUAGAUCUAUACAUGAAGAAGGCCUUAAAUCUUGGGAAGAUUGUUUAGUGGGUUCUUUUAUUGAAAAAAAGGAGAAGCAAAGUAAACUUGAUACUGCUAAUGCUCAAAUGGAGCAGCUUGCCUCAAACCUGGUUGAGAAGGAUAUUCCAGUCAUCCAUUCCACUGCAACUUUGGUUAGAUCAGUACCAGAUGCUGCUUUUCCAAAUAAGGAGGUUCACACCUCUAAUUCUUUUUCUGCUUUGGGUGACGCAAGUAUGAAUCCUGUUAUUGACAUAAGUGUGAAUCAUGUUAUUGAGACUAGAAUGGCCAGAGCUGCUUCCCAAGGUGUUGCUGCUGUCACCAAGGCAGAGGCAACAAAAGAAGAAGUCAAAUUCCUCAAUGCCAUUUAUGCUGAUCCUUACUCGGAUGCUGGUAGACAAACAUUAUGGGAUGAAUUAAUUCUUUUUAGCAAGGCACUACCUGCUGUUCCAUGGCUAGUGGGAGGGGAUUUCAAUGACAUAAGGUCUCCCUCAAAGAGAUCAGAUGCAGCAAGCAUCCAAAAAGAAUCUCUUUCUUUUCAUGAUAAGCUUAAUGCUGUUGAGCUCCAUGACAUUCCUUCCUCGGGUUCUUAUUUCACCUGGUGCAACAAUAGGGAGGAUGGUCCCAUUACUAAAAAGUUGGAUUGCUUAAUGGUCAAUGAUGUUUGGUUUGACUUAUUUCCAUGCACUAAUGUAGAACUUUUGCCCCCUAGCUGCUCAGACCAUUGUGCAGGUUUGGAAAAGCAAAAAUUGCAUCUGAUUCAAGCAGAUUUAUUGGCUAAUCCUUUUGCAGAAAUGGUUCAGGUUGAGCAUGAUCAGCUACCUGUAGAUAUGGCAAACUCUCUCUUCCAUCCUAUUACAGAGGAAGAGAUUAAGGUUCUAGUUUUCUCAAGUCUUGGAAAUAGGUCUCUUGGCCUAGAUGGUUUUACAGUAGAAUUUUAUAAAGCUGCCUGGUCUAUUGUGGGUGACUUAGUUGUCAAAGCUAUUAAAGAAUUUUUCUCCCCUGGUCAAUUGCUAAAGGAGGUUAACUCCACCAUCAUAUCCUUGGUGCCAAAGAUCCAGAAUCCAACAAAAAUGACAGAUUUUAGACCCAUUGCCUGCUCCUGUGUGACUACUCCUAAAUUUUCUGUGGUUUUCAAUGGAAAUUUAUGUGGUUACUUCUCAGGAGAGAAAGGAGUUAGGCAAGGGGAUCCCUUAUCCUUAUACAUUUUUGUGGUAUGCAUGGAGGUCCUUUCUCGUAUGUUGAACAAAGCUGCUGAGGAAGGAAAAUUUGCUUAUCACCCUAAAUGCAAAACUGUGCAGCUCACACUCUUAUGUUUUGCUGAUGAUCUCAUGAUAUUCACAGAUGGUAGCCUAGCCUUUCUAAAUGCAAUUGAUGUUGUCUUGACGCAUUUCUAUUAGGUUUCUGGCUUGAGAGUGAACUAUGCUAAGUCAGAAUUGUUCUGUUGUGGGUUCUCUACAUCACAUACCUAGUUGCUUGCUGAAAAAUUUGGUUUCAAGAUUGGUACACUGCCAGUCAGAUAUUUAGGAGUACCAUUGAUCACGGGGAAGCUUGCAAAGAAGGAUCUCAAGCCUUUAGUCUCUAAAAUCAUUGAGAGAAUGUCCUUUUGGGUUGUUAAACAUCUCUCCUUUGUUGGUAGAUUACAACUAAUCUCCUCGGUAAUUCAAGGCAUCACCAAUUUUUGGUGUUUUGUUUUCAUAUUGCCUAAAGGGGUUUAAAGAAGUGGAAAAGAUAUGUGGUGCUUUUCUUUGGAAUAAUGAAACUUGCGGUGCUAGAAGAGCUAAGGUGAGCUAGUUGCAUGUUUGUACUCCAAAACAGGAGGGCGGUCUAGGACUCUGGAACUUAGUUAAGUGGAAUCAAGCUUGCAUUUUAAA